AUGCACGAUUUUCAAAAAAACAUACCAAAUAAUUCUUCUCUUACGAUAAUAAAAAACGGUUUUCAAUCAUCUCAAUCUGUCUCUCAACCACUACAAACUCAAACUCUUACUUUACUUCAAACGAACGGUACUUCUUCUCAACUAAACAUUUUGAACUUUUUUAACUCUAAAUCAUGUCAACCAUGUCAUGAUUGUUACUUUGACCAAACUAUUCCUUCCAAGACACAAUCACAACAACAACAAUCAUGGUUAACAAAUCAGUAUAAUUUAAAUUCUGUUACGAAUCAUGAUAAUAUCGGUUCAAAAGAUUUUGAUUUAUUCGAUAACUUCUCAAUACCACAAAAUGAACAAAACAAGAAGACCGAUUUUCAACUUGGUGAAUAUAUGCGUCAUGACAUUCAGAAUACAUCUUCCCCUCUUACUCCUUUGGAUUCUACCAAUCUUUGUGAUGUAGAAAAUGAUUCCUCUGAAAUGUAUUCGCUUGAUGAAACAAUAAUAACUACCGACAAUGUGGAUCAAAUACAUUGGUGUAAAAUCGUUGCUCCUAUCUUAUGGCAAGCUCCAAAUCCUGGUUUUAAAAAAUCUAAAUUUCUUGUAAGAACUUAUUUACUUUGUUUGCCUCAAGAUGUUAAAAGAUCCUUAAAACAAAAUAAUAUUCCCGUUCCUCCUGCUCCUCGUCGUUGUCUCCCGGCUUUUGAUUAUCCCUUUUUUCUUAAAAAAAUUACUGAUAAAUUCAUUAGUCGUCUUACCGAAGCUUGGUUAUUCAAAAAAUGGUCCGUUGAUAAAGUAAAAGCUACUUCUCAUUUAAAUCUUAUUUUUCAUAAUCUCUUUUUUUCAAGAGCUCAAAGAAUUACCUCUUUAACUUUUGAUGAUGAUGCCCCUUGGCCUUUUGUUGAUCAACCUUUAUCUUGUUUAAAAUAUUUAUCUUUUCUUAAAAUUUCUGCUUCAAAUCAUUCUGAUAAUAAUCCUAUUCCUUUUCUAAAUUCUCUUUUAAUUUCUUCUUGUUCAAGAAUCAAAAUAAUUGAAAUUGAUAUUGAUUCUAAAUAUCUCAAUUGUAAUGAUUCUAUUAUUAAAUUAAUCCUUUCUCAACAUGAUUUACAAAAAAUUUCUUUAAAUAAAUGUCAUCAAAUCCUUAAACCUUUAGCUCAUGUCUUAAAAUCUUCUCUUUCUUUAAAAUCUUUAAGGUUUAAUAGAGUUAAUUUUGACUCUUUUAAAGAAAUUUUUGAUGACAGUUUUAUUAAUUCUCUUAAAUCAAUCGAACUUAUAAUUUGUCAAAGAUUAGAUAAUAAGUUUUUUAAAAAUUUUCUUUGUAAAGCUCACAAUUUAUCCCAAUUCGAAUUUUGUGAUUAUAAUUCUAUUGAUCCUUAUAUUUUAGAUUUGAUUAUUAGUUUAUUAACUUUAAAUAAUAAUUUAAAAUGUCUUAUUUUAAGAAUUUCCGGUGAUUAUUCCGAUUAUUCGGAUUUAGUUGGAACUAUAAGCAAACAAUGUAAAAAUUUAGAAUACUUGGAAUUACCUCAAAUAAGAAAAUUCGAUAUUUUAACUAUUUUAACUUCUUGUCUUUAUUUAAAAUAUUUUUAUUUUAUAAUAGAUUUUUCUUUAGAUCGUUCUUUCUUUUUACAAAUUGCUAAACAAUUACCUAAAGAUCUUAAAAAUUUAAUCAUCACUGAAAGAGAAAAAAGACCCGCUUUUGAUAUUUUUACUUAUAAAUUAUUUUUUAAUUCUAUGAAUUCUAAAAAUUUAAAAACUUUAUAUACUUCUGGUGCUCUUUUGGAUCAUCCUUAUUCUCUUGAUUAUCAAAAAAUUUUUUUAGAUCAUAAUAUUAAAUGGAGUUAUGAGGAAAUUCCAAGAUUAUAUUAA